UGUCGUAAUUUAACCUUUCAUUAUGUUGCAACAAGUUUUCUUUAUUCUGUGCUUUUAACGAAUAUCGAAUUCCAUACAUGAUCUAGUCUGUCGUACGUAAUAAUUGGUAAUUCAUAAUAAAAAUUUAAGUGAAAAGUGAUUUGUCCGUUAAUUCGAGUUUUUAUUACAUUAUUACAAAAUGUCCCGUCAUCGAGAUGUUCGAUGUAUGAAUUAUUCGGAUGAGUAUGAUGGUUAUGACGAUGUAUAUGGACACUCAGUGGAGGAUGAUUAUUGCGUAUCGCCCAGUGCUGAACAAUUCUUGUUUGAUCGAAGCAAGCAACAAAAUAUUGCUUCUUUUAUUAUGGAGCCAGAUAUCGUUGAGGAUAAUGAGGAUGAUAAUACAGUAUCAUCCCUUGCAAGUAAAAAAUCAGAUCUUUCUGAGCUAGAAAGAGUGAAGUUAUUAUCUUGCAUGGAAGCUAUAAAAAAUGUUAUUGGAGAUUCAAUAGCUGAAUCUAAACUCGAAGAAGAAAUUAUCCAGUCAAGGUUUGACACAGAAGUAGCGCUAGAUAAACUUUUAAGAAUACCACCCCAGAAAAGUAUUACCGAACAAUCUAGAAGUAGUAAGGAGUGCCCGAAUCCUUGUCCAGGUAAUAAACUGUCAUCAAAAUCAACAUUACAAAUAAGUACACCUUCAAUGGUAAAAGUUGUGCCAGCUGGAACAAGUUCUAUUGUCAAAGGGUUUACUGUCACUGGAUCAGAAAAUACAGGUCAUUUGAGUCCACAUAUUCAGACUCCACGCUCUCAAAGCCCAUGUUCUGAACAAGACAGUCCAAAUGUAAAACGUAAAGAAAAUGUGAAACAAGAUAAGAGUAUAGUUUCUUUAGAAACUGAUUCUUUAAGAAGUCAAUCUCCCAUGUCUGGUCAUGUUACACCUGAUUUAGAUUAUAAGACAAAAUCUAUAGAGGACAAACGUGAUGUUUUACGUAUUUAUAAAGAUAGAAGAAGCAACAAUAAAGAACAAUUACACCUAGUUGUCGUCGGGCAUGUUGACGCUGGAAAGAGUACCUUGCUUGGACGACUUUUGUGUGAUUUAGGACAAGUUCCAUCAAGACUAAUUCACAAGUAUCAACAAGAGAGUAAAAAGAUUGGUAAACAAUCCUUUGCUUAUGCAUGGGUGCUAGAUGAAACAGGAGAAGAAAGGGAACGUGGAAUAACGAUGGAUGUUGGACAUUCUAAAUUUGAAACUGACAAUAAAUGCAUUACUCUUUUGGAUGCACCUGGCCACAAGGAUUUUAUUCCAAACAUGAUCACUGGUGCCACUCAAGCGGAUGUUGCCUUACUCGUAGUAGAUGCUACCAGAGGUGAAUUUGAGACUGGAUUUGAUAGUGGUGGACAGACUAGAGAACAUGCUUUAUUAUUACGUUCUUUAGGAGUGUCUCAAUUAGCUGUUGUAGUUAACAAAUUGGAUACGGUUAAUUGGUCAAAAGAAAGAUUUAACGAAAUUGUUAAUAAAAUGAGUGUUUUCUUAAAACAAGCUGGUUAUAGAGAGACCAUCAUUUUUGUACCUUGCAGUGGACUCUCAGGAGAAAAUAUAGUCACGGCACCAAAAACCGAAGGUCUUUCCAAUUGGUAUACUGGACCUACAUUAGUAAAUGUUAUCGAUAAUUUUAAGUGUCCAGAACGUCCAGUUAAUAAGCCAUUUAGAUUUUCUAUAAAUGACAUAUACAAAGGUACUGGCUCUGGAUUCUGUGUAUCUGGUCAUGUAGAAACAGGCAUGGUGGCUAUAGGGGAUAAAGUUUUGGUGUUGCCGCAAAACGAAGUUGCAUUUGUAAAAGGUUUACAAGCGGACGAUGUAUCUAUAGUAAAUGCCUUUGCCGGCGAUCAUGUUUCAUUGACAUUAUCAGGCAUUGACCAACAAAAUGUUGGAAUUGGUGAUGUCAUUUGCAAUCCACAAAAUCCCGUACCGGUAACAACAUGUUUUCAGGCACAUGUAGUCAUAUUCUCUAUUGUUGUGCCUAUUACAAAGGGCUUCCCAGUAAUAAUGCAUCAGCAAUCUUUGGUACAACCAGCUAUUAUAUCUAAAUUAAUAGCACAGCUUCAUAAAAGCACUGGAGAUGUGAUAAAAAAGAAGCCGCGCUGUUUACCUAAAAACUCUAGUGCGAUUAUUGAAAUAGUAACGCAAACUCCAGUUUGCAUGGAACUGUAUAAAGACGUUAAACAGCUUGGUAGGAUAAUGUUAAGAGUGGAAGGUACAACAAUUGCAGCCGGGCUGAUUACCAAAAUUAAAUGAUUAUUAAUCAGCUUAGUUCCUUGGUGCAGCAUCUACGCGUAGGAUGAAAUCCUGUAUUUAAUAUAAUAAAAAUCCUGGCCAAAAA